CCGAUUUUGGUCAAGCACAUGGCACCCAUAAUGCACUACGGUUCAAAAUGUCGCCCGCUGCUGCCGCAGCUAUGAUUGUCGAAAUGUUGUCAUAAUCGGGCUGCAUCGCAGCCUAAUGUGUGGUGCCUGCAUAUAUAUAUAUUGUACAUAGCUUCAGCAGGACACGACAAGCAGCGGGUCUGUAUCAGAAAGAAAGAAAAUGAAUGAUGUUGCAUGGGAGAAUUCUGCACGUAAUAACAACAGCGGUGGUAGUCAAGCACUUUCCAACAGCAGCGGCGUGAGACAAGGAUACAAUCGUAUGGCACAGCCACAGCGCACGAGAGACGACGCACAAGUAGGUUAUUUCUACCAGAGGCCCAGCAACACCAUGAACGAAUCAGGAGGGCAGUUCAAGCAGAGAUGGGCCGUAGGGGACGACUCUGUCCUUGAUCAGGUCCGCUCUGCGGGAGAUGUGAAUAGGAUGACGAAUGAGUUCCAUGCCCUGGAUCUAGACCGGGACAGUAGGCCUAGGAAUAUGGAUGAGAAAUUAUGGGAUGCCCAGGAGAACAAUAAAAAUGAGGAUAUCUUCAAUCAGUGGCCGGCACCUAAUGCCUGGGUGGGAGGAACGGGAAUAACUGGUUCCAACCAUUCAGUGUCCCAGCCCAUCAUGGUGCAGCAGAGACGGCAGCUCUCUCCCAGCACAGGGACCUUCCAGGGUCAAGAGAAUGCAGUCAUGUCCCCUCGCUCAGACACCAGUGGUCUCGGGCUAAGCAUGGCGGAAUACGUCUUGGCCUCCUCUCCUCAGGGAAAAGAUAUUGAAGGCAAACAUCACAGGCUCAAGCCAGGAUUUAUCAAUCAAGUGCCGGAUGGAAGUGGAGGGCAACAUCAGCCAGGAGGUGAUUCCAACCAGCAGCCUCAACCCAACAAUGGCAAGAAGAGCAAGACACCAUCGCCCUUUGAAGCAGAAGGAGAUAAGCAGGAAGUUGUAGAGAAUGGCAUAGAUCCCGUACCACAACAAAAACCGGAAGAGGAUCCCAAUGCAUUCAGUCGGACACCUGGUAGCCGCAAUGCAUCCCCAACAGAGCAAGAGGAGAGUAAGAACGCAGCGAUGCAGCAGCCAGCGACAUCGACGGCUGAUAUGCAACGCCAGAACAUGAUCCCAAAGGUUCAUCAGCAGCACCAUCCCCAGCAUCCGCAGCACCAGCAACCAUCUGAAGGUGCCUACAUCGAGGGCGGUGUUCAGAAUCCCUUGCAGAUAGACACCGGGGCUGGAAUGGAGAACGUCGGGGGCAUGGAAGGGCUGCAGUUUGACUACUCGGCAGGAAACCAAAUGGCUCACAGCAUGGACAGCCCAAGUUAUAUCAAUUAUGACCAAUCCCAGCAAAUGUUUCAGCAACGUCAACCAACCCCUCAAACCAUAGCAGUUCAACAGCUUACCCCACAACAGCAGUAUGCUCUAGCUGCUGCACAACAACAACAACUUGCCCUGGCAGCCAACCCGUACAUCAUCGCUGGAGCAGCUCCUACAGCCCAGGAUCCCUAUGCUCUUGGUAUUGCAACUGUUACAGGAGCUCCUGCAGUGAUGCCUCCCCAGUAUGCUUACGGUGUGACACCAUGGAGUACAGUCUACCCCGUCGGCCUGUUACCGCCUGGAUUGCAACAGCAACAAGCUGCUGCAGCGGCUAACCAACAAGCUCAACAGCAGGGUGGCCAGGGACAACAGCAGAGGGCACAGAAUGGUGGACGUCCUAUGACCCCAUCCCAGCAACAGCAGCAGCAACAACAACAGCAGCAGCAGCAACAACAACAGCAACAACAGCAGCAGCAACAACAGCAACAACAACAGCAGCAGCAGCAACAACAACAACAGCAAGCUGGAACACCACAGGGUCAGGGAGAACAGAUGGCAGGUCAGCCAGGAGCUCAGCAGGGGAUGCCUUUCCCAGCAGCUGGCUAUCAGGUGAUCACCUACUAUGACCAGACAGGAGCCCUUAUCAAUCUAGGCCAGAGACCAGGCAUGGGAGCACCUGUCAGGCUGGUCUCUCCUGCACCUGUUAUUGUCAGUGGUGCUCAAACAGUUCAAGCGAAUGGAUUCACCGGUACCAAUGGUAACUUCCGUAUGGUGGGCACCCAACCUCAGCAGCAGCCCCAACCUCAGCCCCAGCAGGCCCAAGGACAGGGCCAUAAUGCUGCUUCCAUGUCCCUUUACACCAACAGCCCUCAGAUGGCUUCCAACCAGCAGAACAACGGCGGUGGACUUGGCUCCUACGCUGGCCAGAGUAGCUCUGUCUUCAACAGUGGUCUAAGUGGAUCCGGUGCGGACACCCCUAUCCAGCGUCGUGAUUCACUGGGUGGAGGAUCAGACUACAAGAGAUCAUUGGGAAUGAGUCAAUUCUAUGGGAGCUCACCCCAGCUUGGUCCUAUCAUCUCUCCUACACACACUGGUGGAUCCUUGACACCUCCUCCAUCGCAAAACAUUGGCCUUGGAUUGACCGACUUUGAUAAUCUACUAACAGGACCCGGCGCUACGUGGUCCAGGCAAAAGAAUGAGUGGGGCAACCGAGCACUGGGCACCAACGCACCAUUCAGUAUGGACCAAAUGUCAUACUCGGUUCCAUCCCCAGGUGGAGAAGUGAAAUACAGGAGUGGAUCAACGUCCUCUAGUACCAGUGGAUCAGGAUGGGGCUCCAACACCCUGUUCCCUCCCCGCAGCCUUCGCAGCACCGCCUACAUGGAGAAGAGUGCACCUGGUCGUAGUAGACUCCUGGAGGACUUCCGCAACAAUCGCUUCCCUAAUCUGCAGCUCCGUGACCUCGUCAGCCACAUCGUGGAGUUCUCUCAGGAUCAACACGGAUCCCGCUUCAUACAGCAGAAGCUGGAGCGUGCCACUCCAACAGAACGUCAGAUGGUCUUCAGUGAAAUCUUGGGGGCGGCCUACAGCCUGAUGACCGAUGUGUUUGGCAACUACGUCAUCCAGAAGUUCUUUGAGUUUGGUCUCCCUGAGCAGAAGCAGGCUCUUGCCCAGCGUAUCAGGGGCCAUGUGUUACCCCUCGCCCUUCAGAUGUAUGGGUGCAGGGUGAUACAGAAAGCCCUUGAGUCUAUCCCACCUGAACUACAGGUUGAGAUGGUGAAGGAGCUCGACGGUCAUGUUCUCAAGUGUGUCAAGGAUCAGAAUGGCAACCAUGUCGUACAGAAGUGUAUCGAGUGUGUAGAACCUCAGGCCCUCCAGUUCAUUGUAGAUGCCUUCAGGGGACAGGUGUAUUCACUGUCAACACACCCCUAUGGCUGCCGUGUGAUCCAGCGUAUCUUGGAGCACUGUAUCGUUGAACAGACCAAACCUCUGCUCGAUGAACUUCAUCAACAGACAGAGAGCCUUGUACAAGACCAGUAUGGCAACUAUGUCAUUCAGCAUGUGUUGGAACAUGGUAGACCUGAAGACAAGAGUAAGAUUGUUUCAGAGAUGAGAGGCAAGGUCCUUGUUCUUAGUCAGCACAAGUUUGCCAGUAACGUGGUUGAGAAGUGCAUCACUCACUCUUCACGACCUGAGAGGGCGCUACUCAUCGAUGAAGUCUGCUCCUACAAUGAUGGUGCCCUCUACACCAUGAUGAAAGACCAGUAUGCCAACUACGUUGUGCAGAAGAUGAUUGAUGUAUCCGAGCCCAACCAACGCAAGGUCCUCAUGCACAAGAUCCGUCCGUACGUGGCCUCGCUGCGCAAGUACACCUACGGCAAACACAUCUUGGCCAAGCUUGAGAAGUUCUUCAUGAAGAACAACGACUUGGGACCCAUCGGUGGACCAACCAAUGGUACCUUGUAGGUACCCGCUGUUGCUAUGCCAGGGACGAGACAAUCGUUUAUCAGAGUUCAAUGCCAUGAAGUAAUUUCAUUAUUUUCCCUUAUUUUCAUCAAUUAAAAUUCAUCUAUAUUUUGUUGGAAUCAGCGAUUUUGAAAUACCUCAGAUUACUCAUUUACUCCUGGUGAAUAUUUUCUCCCCAAAAUUUAUGUAAAUAUAUUUUUUUCGUGAUACGAGAUUUGUAUAAAACAGCUGUAAAGACAAAUAAAAAAAAUGAAUAUCUUUAUUCUCAGAACCCUUCAAACAGAGGAUGCUAGUAUACUGUUUGCCCAUAACAAACAUUUGUCUCGUUCUUGAGCAUAUGAUCAAUGGUGUGUUUUGCACUUUGAAGUUGAGAAAAAAAAAACAUUAUUAAAAAGAAAAAAAUUACCUUUUAUGCUAUUAACUGCAGGCAAAGGGUAGGAUCACUAAUGAUUGAUAUUACAUCAAUGUAUUGAUUUUAAAAAAAAAGGUGAAUCCUUUGUGAUUUAACGAGAGUAGGAGAAAUGAAAUUGAUAUUAAUCAAUAAGAUGCGAAUAAAGUACUCUCAUCGAUGUGAAAUGAAUGGAGUAAUGUAUAUCUGACCCAUUGGUGACCCAUGAUACUGCUGAGCGGAUAUUGGGUUUCUUGAAGGUCAGUUAUACCACCCAAGUACCCUGCCCUCUGCCUGCCUUCAAAUUCUGCUCAACUAUACUACUCUAGAAUGCAUGCAGUUUUAGUGUCAAAAACAUUUGAAAAUAAGGAGAAAAUAUGUCGAUGUUUUUCAACUUUAAAGAAAGCUUUUCUCUACUGAAGGUAUUUUCCUGGAUUGAAGCUAGCUGUUAGUAUAGGGACCAUGAUAUGAACGUCCACAGUAGUCAUGUAGUCUUUGAAAUUUCAAUAUUUUGCAGUGGACUCUGUUGUGUUUUUGAUUACAUAUUAUAUAUAUAUAUACAUACAUAUUCCUUGAAUAUCAGAACGUAGUAGCUUAGUAUGAGAGUUUAAAUCUCACGUUAUUGGUGGAUGGACUAGCAGAAAUUGUGUUUGUAUUUCUUCUGUGAAAAUUGUAUUUAGCAUGAUACAUAUUUAGCAUUAUGAAAAUUUAUUGCAUGAAUUUCUUGAUAUUUGUAUAAAUUUAAAAGUGGAAAUGUAAUAUGAAGUCUGUUUGAAUAUGACAAAUAAUUGUAUGAUAUACAUUAUUUUUUAGGCAUUUAAUACUUUGCUCUUUGUUAAUUAUUUUUCCUUUUUGAGGGUUUUGUACUUUACUUUGCAUUAUAUGUAUGUAUCUUGGUGUAUCUAGCUAUUGUAUUUCUAUUGUAAAUUGGCUUGAUAAUUUAAUGGCAUUUUUAAAAUAGUUUAAGUAGGCACUUAGCCAAUAGCCAACAUGGGAAAUAUAAACCUGAUGUACAUUACUCAUACCAUGAUAUAAGCCACACAUUUUUGCCAUUUUAUCAUUAUCUUGGCACUGCUAAACCUGACUUUCCCCCCACAUUAAGCUUUCCAUAGUCCUAUUUAUUAUGAAGUGCUUUUACAUUUGGUGAAAGGACCUUGCGUUGAGUGCAUGGUUUCUUUUAUGAGAAUUAUGUUUGGUGUAAUGAGAUUCACAUCACGUGGUGUUUGGUGAUUAGAUGUAUAAAGGGAUCAAUUUGUGUCAGUUUUAGCUCUUUAAAUGUGAGUGACCACUCGUCUGGACCUGUACAAUGAAACUAAGCGAUUGAUCAUUGGGGCUUAAUCCUGCGAUCGAUCAUACACAAUAGUCUAUGGAAUCAAUCGUAGGUGUCAGUCCCAUGAUCACUCGCUAAGUUUGAUGUCACUGGGCCCUGAUUACACCAAACCUCUCUCUCUCAUGUGUGAGCCCUAUAGGUCAAUCAGUAGAGCAGGUAAUCGAGUCAAAUAAAAUGUAAAUAUGACAUCAUUGCUUUGCAAAACACGUACAUAAAAGACAUCCUGUGAACAUAAUGAAGGGUGAAAAAAAAAUGAUUUAGGGAAAAUUUGUGCUUAUUGCCCAACUAAGCCCUCUGAAAUGUCUUCCAAUGUGUGCCUUCUGAUAGGCAAAGAAAAAAAAAAGAAAGGAAAAAUAAAGGAAAUGUAUGGUUCUGAUGGGUAGGAAAAUAUAACCCUUUGAGAAAAUGAUUUGAACGCUAUAUUGCCCUUUAUAAAAUGGGCUGUAUCUCUUGUAAUUAUUGUAAAAUAGACAGAGUACAUAUUGUAAAGAUUUUUUUCCUCUCUCUUUAUCUCUCUGGACUCUAUUUAAUAUUGGAGGAAACAUCAGUGUCCUUCCAAAUUCCUUUCAAAGACUAAACUGUAUGCAUCUUGAUUGUACAAAUUACAGAAUGAGAAGAGAGUAGUAGUGCACAGUCAUUCAUCUCAGAAAGGUUGUUAGAUUCCUGUACAUAUCUCUUCUAGGUCUGGGCUGCAAAGACUAGGAAAAAUAUAAUGUAUACCUCACUUUUUCAAACAACAAUCUCUGUUUAGUAAGGAACUAAUGUUGUCGGAAAAAAAAUGAAUCCAACGAUGAUACCAUGAUAAUUCCUACCUACCUUGUAACUCCCGAGACAUCAAUUAGUGGUUUGAAUUGUAAAUAGAUGACACCGUGAUCACACCAAUGAGUGUAAUGCUUAUGCAGGAGGGGUUAUGGCUCGGUGCAUGUAUAUAUACAUAGACCAUACGGUUUUGUUGGACAUGUACAGCAUAUGAAUAUUAUUCUGAGUCUGGCUAUAUGUACAGCAAAAGUAAAGCAACUCUUAACAAGACCCAUUAUAAACCUACCGAGGCCAGCAUACAGCUUGUAUGAACAUAUACACCUGCAUCAAAGACAGGACAUCAUUAUCACCAUACAGAAGGAAAACAAUUAUUUGUACAGAUUGUGUGUAACAUGUAAAUUCUCUUUUUAUUUUUAUUUUUUUUUACUCUGUAAUUGUAUAGGAUCAUUGUAAAGUUAAACCCCCAAUUGCAAUCAUGUGCUUAUCAUCGAAAUGAUUUCUGCUCUUCCCUGGUUGCGGUUUGAAGGCUUAAUUGUGGAGAGAUAUUGGGUGUGUGCGCUGAACUAAGUCGGUAGUUUGGAAUGCCUCUGUGUAAAUCCUGUGUUUGGGGAUGUUUGAAUGAAGGCUAGCGUCUGGCCGUCAGGUUCAUAUCUAGACCUAACAUGUGGGGAGGCUGCUUGGAAAGGAACUAAAGCAAAAUGGAAUUGAAAUACUUUUUUUUUUAAACACAGGUAUCGCAACAUGAUGUAAAAAAAAAAUGGUUUUACUUUCUUUUUAUUAUCAUUUUUUGAAGAAAACACUCUUACUUGAUCUAGAAUUCUUAAAUUUUUUGUCCUUGCCAUAUCUUUAACUUUUAAAUAUUUUAUGGUGCUUUUAAAACUUUUUUCUGUUUUAAAAUUCCCCUCAAGAAAAGAAAGUAUAGUCAUUGAGAAAAUGCAAACUUAUAUAAAAGCAUUGAUGUAAAAAAUAGUAAAUAGUUUAUAGAAUUUGUAAAUUACAAAGAUUACUUGCACAUAAUCUCCACUAAAGAUGUUGGACUUGUGACAUAAUGUAAAAAAGGGACAAAUUGUAAAAGCUUUCUUACACUUUUUUUUAUUGUAAAGAAACCGGUAAAAUGUUUUUCUUCGUUCGAGAAUGACCUGCUGCUCUGUGCAUAGUGUUCUGAUGGAAAAUAAUGUUCUUAACCCAUUUUUGAAGGGUGCAUGUAUUAGAGACCAAAAUGAAAAAUGAGUAACAUCAUGUAUGACCAUGUACAUCAACACACAGAGGUCAAUAUGUAAAUAAGACUUUAUUUCCAGAUUACAAAGUAUAGUUUUUCAUUUGUGUAAUUAUUUUGUAAUUAAAUGUAAAGGCAUACUCACUCCCAGUUUACAAUUCCCUUGACAAAUGUAUAAAAGACAAAGACUAUCGACUCGCUUGAAAUUUGUGUAGAGAAUGUACAGAAACUCUGAUUUUGGAUUUAAAGAGACUGACCCACUUGUACAUAUAGAUUAUUACGCAACUGAUGAAAAUAUUGGGGUUUUGAACGUCUUAUUUUCAUGGAAAAAGUUGAAAACUUUUACUGGCGUUGCUCAUUUUGAAAUUUUUGUAAAGAAAGAAAAUAACAAAAGACUGGAAAGCAGCUUUGCAAUGUAAUUAUUUUUUAUUCUUCCUUUGUGCAAGUCUUCAACCAUGAGCUAAAUCUAAAGAUCUCUUGUAAUAUGAAACUGAAUUGUGCUUAUGGAGCAUGUAAAUUAUGUAAGAUAAAGGAAAUGCAGUAGUCCAUGAUACUAUUGAAUAUUACAAUUCAUUUUUCACCAUGAUGGCAAUUAUGUAAGUAAAGGGUUUUGUGCAGAUUUGACCGUCAUAGUGGCCACCUUUCAUCAUGGCAUUUUGUAUAUUCUCAUAAAUUAUGAUUAUUAAACGCUCUAUGACGAGGGAAUUUACUGCAAUUUUUUCAGAUCAUUUUAUACUGCACGCAAUUUUAUAUUGGAUAAUUUGUUUGAAUUUACAAGUGUCGCCCGUGUAUAAAGGGGAAUGUGUAAAGGCCGAAUGUGAUGUAUUUUGUCCAUUUUAAUUUAUUUCAAAAAAAAGAAAAUGAAUUGGUUUAUUUCAGUUUUAGAAUUGUGAACAGAAUAUCAAUAUGGUAGCAUUUUUUGGUGUGAUCAUGUAUUAUGUAUUUAUCCAUAUAUGGAUUUGUAAUUUUGAUGUAGAUUUUGUCCAAAGGAAAGAUAACUAGCGCAGGAAAUGUUCCCUAUUAUGAAAAAAGUGUACAUUUGUACAGUAGCAAGUGUAAAUUUCAGAGAACACUUUAUUUGUUUUAUUUCUGUACAAAUGUUUAUGUUUUACAUCCCUCCUCAUGUACACAAAAUUGUGAAAUAGAAUUGGCCCUCUAUAUAUGUUGUACUUUUCUGAAUGAUAUUUGUGUAUUGGUCCGAAGUCGAGUGUAUUCAUCCGUUUGUAAAGUAGCUGAUUGUAAACUUUUUUUGUCCUAAGGUACAAGCUUUUUGAGAUUAUGUUUAAAAUGAAAGCAAACAAAAUUGUGCAAACAAAUAAAAUUAGUAAUUUGUAGAAAACCAGAUUUCCAAGUAUACAUCAUUAUUGUUACUUCAAGUUGGUAUGUAAGUUUUCUUGUGGGAUAAAAAAAAGAUUGUUAUUACUGAUUUCUAUGUUCUUGACAAAUAAACAAAAAUAAAAAUUAGACACAAUAAGUUAGUAUCCAAGGGGAAAAAAGUCUGAAAGUGAGCUUUACAAAAAUGGUUGACUUGCUAUGAAAGUCUCUAGCUGUCAAUUAUGAUAAAAUGUUUUGAAGGAAUCAAAGCAUAUAACAUUGAUGUUGAAAAAUAGCGGUUUAUAAAUUCUCAUGGAAAUUUGUUCAUUUGUAUUGAUAUAGUCAAUUUCUUUCUUGGAUAAUCUGAAUUUACAAUCUUGAUUUAUUUCUCUCUUUCCCUUCAUCAAUGUUUGGUCAAUCCAUAUCGUGUGCAUGUCAUUUGGUGUAAAUUGCCUGCAUGAAACUAGAAAUGUCUUGUUUUAAAUAUUUUUAUGUGAAUAUCUCUUUUUCAUGGAUUUUUAUUAUUCUAUCAUUGCAUAUUUUCAUUAUUUUUUGGUGCGCCUGCCUACUGAAUGGUGAUUGUAAAAAAAAAUUGUUUUGUGCAUAGUACAUUGUCAAUUGUUGAUUUUUGUUUCUUAACUUGACUGAAUUGGUGAAUGGGAAAGUGAUUAGCAGUAUUAUUAAGUCACCCCAACCAGUAGAUAGGCACUUCAGAUUGGAGUGCAUCUUAUAUAAGCUGUACACAUUGUAAAGCGAGGAACAUACUCUUUUUUUUUUCUUUCUCUUUGUACAACAUGUAAGAAAAGUAAUAAAAGAGUGUGUUAAGAAAAUCA